GGCGCGCGGUGCAUUGUGGGCGAAUCCCGCCGCGGCUUCCAAGCGGGAGGAUGCGCCGGGGGCCGGCCCGACCCACAACCGCAGCCGCAACGCGCCGGGCCGGUGGCACCGAGCCCGAGGAGACGCACUGAGGGGCUCGGGGUAUGCGCUGCCCACGCCGGCCGCAGCGGGAGGCGCCGGCGGCGGCGGAGCCAGAUAAAUGGCUCGUUUAAAUUGGGAGCUACUGAAGUAUUCCCUGGCUGGCAAAUGCAGUGCCUAGCAGCGGUCAUCAAGGACGAACCAAACAUGAGUGGAGGAGGGGAACAGGUUGACAUUCUUCCGGCCAAUUAUGUGGUCAAAGAUCGCUGGAAAGUGCUGAAGAAGAUUGGUGGUGGUGGCUUUGGGGAGAUCUAUGAGGCAAUGGAUCUGCUGACUCGUGAGAAUGUCGCCCUGAAGGUGGAAUCAGCCCAACAACCCAAGCAAGUUCUCAAGAUGGAAGUAGCAGUCCUGAAAAAGCUGCAAGGGAAGGAUCAUGUUUGCAGAUUUAUUGGCUGUGGAAGGAAUGAAAAGUUCAAUUAUGUGGUCAUGCAGCUUCAGGGCCGAAAUCUUGCAGAUCUCAGGAGGAGUCAACCUCGAGGGACUUUCACGCUGAGCACAACGCUGCGCUUAGGCAAACAGAUUCUGGAAUCAAUAGAAGCCAUUCACUCUGUGGGGUUCCUGCAUCGUGACAUCAAGCCUUCCAAUUUCGCCAUGGGCCGCUUACCUUCGACGUACAGGAAGUGCUACAUGUUAGACUUUGGUCUGGCCCGUCAGUACACCAACACCACUGGUGAAGUCCGACCACCUCGCAACGUCGCUGGGUUCCGGGGGACAGUUCGCUACGCCUCGGUGAACGCACACAAAAACCGAGAGAUGGGUCGACAUGAUGAUCUGUGGUCCCUCUUUUACAUGUUGGUGGAGUUUGCCAUUGGUCAGCUUCCAUGGCGAAAGAUCAAAGACAAGGAGCAGGUUGGUAUGAUAAAAGAGAAGUACGAGCACCGAAUGCUGCUAAAACACAUGCCUUCAGAGUUCCACCUUUUCCUGGAUCAUAUUGCAAGCCUUGACUACUUCACCAAGCCAGACUAUCAGUUAAUCAUGUCCGUCUUUGAGAACAGCAUGAAAGAAAGAGGAAUCACUGAAAACGAAGCCUUUGACUGGGAGAAGGCUGGGACAGACAUCUUGUUAUCCACUAGCACCUCUACUCCUCCACAGCAAAAUACCAGGCAAACAGCAGCCAUGUUUGGGGUGGUUAAUGUCACGCCGGUGCCUGGGGACUUGCUUCGUGAGAACACUGAGGAUGUCCUACAGGGUGAACAUCUGAGUGAUCAAGAGAAUGCUCCUCCCAUCCUGUCAGGGCGGCCAGCAGAAGGUCUUGGGCAGGCUCCAAACACCGUUUUCAAUGAGGCUGAAGUCUGGGAGGAGACAGAUGUGAAUCGCAACAAACUCAGGAUCAGCAUCAGCAAAACUCAGUGCAUGGUGGAAGAGGAGCAGAGGAAUGGUGUCUGCCCCAGUUCCCCUGUCCGUGUGCCUCCGGAGUCCCCCACCGCACAAGUGCGCUCGCUGCGGUACCGCCGUGUGAACAGCCCCGAGUCCGAGCGCCUCUCCACUGCUGACGGCAAGGGAGAUCUGCACGAGCGAAGGUCUCGGAUGGAUUUGCCUGGCUCUCCGUCACGGCUCGUGUGCUCCUCGCAGCCUGCCCAGAUGCUGUCCAUCGACACGGGCCAGGCUGACCGGCAGGCCAGCGGCAGGAUGGAUGUGUCUGCUUCGGUGGAGCACGAAGCCCUCAGCAACGCCUUCCGCUCAGUGCCGCUCGCGGAGGAGGAGGACUUUGAUAGCAAGGAGUGGGUUAUCAUUGACAAGGAGACAGAGCUGAAGGACUUCCACCCAGGUGCUGAGCCGAGCACCUCUGGAACCACAGAUGAGGAGCCUGAGGAGCUAAGACCUAUUGAAGACGGUGAGGAGAGAAGGCGCUUGGGGGCAGAUGCUGCAGUCAGGCCCAAGACGCACGACGGGCGCAGUCGAGGCAUGCAGCCUGUGACUGAGGAGGACAGUUCCCACAGACACGAAGGACCUUCUCAAACAGUAUCUGACAGUAAACACGAACAGCAGACAGGAAGUCCAGCCCACUCCCCCCUCCAUUCAGCACCAGCUAUCCGACAGCGGAGACGAGAAUCCGAACCUACUGGACCUCAGAGACAGGCAUAUCUGUUGAAGUCAUUUGAAAUGAAUGGUCUGCCCAAGGCAGUGCCUUUAAGUUUGCCUUACCAAGACUUCAGAAAGGACGCAGCAGACUACUGGGAAAAGCUUAAGGUAUCCCAGCGGAUAAAGAAAGUGGACUUCUUAAAUGUCGUCUUGACUGCCCCUUGCAAACCUCUGGAACCUUACCUGGAAAUUAAUGGAAAAGAGGAGGAGGAAGAAGACGAGGAAGAAGAUGAUGACGAGGAAGAUGAAGAGGAGGAGGAGGAGGAAGGGGAUGAGAUUGACAUGCAAAGCGGUUCCAGCAGCGAACUGAGUCAAAAGAGCACGGAGCGCAGCCAGGAGUGCGCACCAUCCACGCUCCUGGCUGAUGACCAGAAGGGUUCCAAGGGUCGAGCAUCCACUGCUGAUGGGGACCUGGAGCUAGAGGAAGGCUCAAAAACACUGGUCCUGUUCUCACCAGGUGACCUGAAGAAAUCUCCGAUGGCCGCAGACUUGCCUCCAGAAGUUGAUCUGGGGACUCUGGCUGCAGUGACGCCUCAGAGCGAGCGGCCACAGCCUAUGGGUAGCCAGCUGGAUGUAUCCGAGCCAGGGACCCUGUCCUCAGUCCUUAAAUCUGAACCAAAGCCUCCAGCAGCAGUGGCUACAGCUUCCUCCCCCUUUACCAAAGUCGAGCGCACGUUUGUUCAUAUCGCUGAGAAGACCCACCUCAACGUCAUGUCCUCUGGCGGCCAGCUGCUGAGGCACGAGGAGUACGGCUCCUCGGGCCAGUGCGAGGAGGUCAUCGUUGAGGAAGAGCUGGAGGACAACCUGGUGCUGCUGGAGAACGGAAGCAUUCAUUCGGGGCUGGAGGGGGCAGAGACGGAGAGCUGCGCGCUUUCGGCUAAUCACAUUGAAACCACCUCAGAGACGGUGGGGGAGCCACUGGCCCUUCCCAGCAGCAGCACGAAGCCCCUGGAGGCCAAGCCAGAGCUCUCUGAGAAGGCGUCACUCUCGCUGAACUUGGGAGAGCCUGGCACGAUGGCGACCAGGGAACCUGACCUUGAGAAGUCAGCGCCAGCCGCAGAACACCUUAAGCGAGCAGAGCCCCUCCGCGACGCACCGCAGCAGGGGCCCAGGAGACCUCUGGGCUCUAGGUACAGAAGUCGGAUACCCAUUCUGUUCUCCGAGGAGGACACCGGCUCAGACCUUUCAACUUCGCUCUCGGCCAAGGAGAGGCUUUACAAGAGGGCAAAGCAGCCUGACUUGGCUCGCCUGGUGAUGGAGAAGAGGCAGAACCGCCUCCUUCGGCUGGCCUCGGGGGCCUCCUCCUCAGCAUCCUCCAGCGAGGAGAGGCGGCGGGCCUCAGAAACCCUGUCGGCCACUGGUUCUGAGGAGGACACCCAUGACUCUGAUGACUCCAUCCCAAGGAAGGCUGGCAAGGAAAAGGCUGUCCUCCUGGGGAAAGAAGAGAGACCCUCAAGCACGAAGAGCAGGAUUCCUCGGCCCAUCACACCAGUGAAAACUCUGAUCGAGGUGGUGAAGCCUGAGAGCUCCAUGGCUGUGCUAUGUAACUCCCCACAGGACGCAGCUGCUACCUACAGACUUCAGGCCCAGAGACCAUCUGGAAGCAUCCCAAGUGAGUGCCGAACAACACAGGUGCAAGGUCGGCUUCCUCCUUCACCGAGCUCCACUUCUCUUCCUCCACGGAGCAGCUCUCGGAGAUCCAGCAGUGCUUCCCCUCGGAGUCCUGUCCUCCCUUCAAGACACCCCAGUGCUCCCCUCAGAAGCCAGCUGCCACCUCGGAGGGAAAGUCCUUCUCCCUGCCGACAGCAUAAGCCAGGGACUGCUCCUCAGCGAGUUCCUCCUUCCCCCCGACCUCAGGUCCCAGCUCAGGCCCUGGGGCCGACAGGAGAUUCCCUGCAGUCUCCUGGUGUGGCCAAAAAACGACAAAAAGCUAAGCCCCAGACUCAGAGUCCAGCAACCAAAGGAAAGCAGGUGUCCCUGGAAAACAAGGCAGCUGCCAGAUAAUGUUCUUCUGCCAGCCCCACAGACUGGGUAACUUCUGCAUAUAGUAUACACUCGAGAUGCUGCAGCACAGCCUUCCAUGCUGGACCCACGAGUGUAGAGCAGUAGCUGUACUUCAAUGCUUCACUCACUCUCACCCCACACUGUUGCGAUCAGCUCCCAGGGGCCUGAGAGCCUCUGAGCCACAGAGCCUUCUGCAAGGGAGACAUCCAGCCUGCAGCUCACGCUUGCUACUGCACAGUGCCAAGCAGCUCCCCAGGCAGCCUGCCUCGUGCUGACCCUUCUCCCUCCCCAGGCAGUCCCCUCUCUCUGUGAGCAAUAUUGUCACCAACACUGACCCUGUGGCUUUGUCAAGAGGGGCAGAGGUGACAAGAGCAAGGCCUGCUGGAAAGGAAGGCUCCUGUCCUGCAGGCACCUCCCUCCACUCUCCUUGCUGGGAAAAACACCAGCGGUGGCCACCAACGUCUACUCGAGUCUGCCUCUUCCUGUGCCACCUGGGCUAGCAAGGGCUUGUCACCAUCUUAGCCAAGAGGGAUGGAUGGAUGCAUCCUUGUGUCCUGAGAUGAGAGCAGGGUCAGGGUGGAGGGGGCUCUUCUUUCAAGAGAUGGGAAUGGGAGACAGGCAGGUCUUGCUGGAUUCUCUUACCUGCUACAGUAUGUCCCACAGAGGAGGUCAGCUGGCACUGCUGCUUGGUCACACUGCUGCUGUUCCAGCAGAUGCCUGCGUGGGUACUUAGAAGCAGGGAGUGCUUGCUAACUGACGUAGAAGGGAACACACUGCAACUACUUCUGUCUCAGACACCAGACCAUGAGCCGUGGAGGCCACAUGUCCCAACAUCAGUGGUUCCUCUUGACCUCGGUGUGGUUGGUCCACCAAACACAGUUCCAGCCUGAAGAUGUGAAUUGUCACUGGAUGCCUUUAGCCUGGGAGGUCCUUGCACCUGAAUUCCUUGUGCUUUAUUGUCAUGCUCUUGGUGGUUGUGAAUUUUGGCACUGUGGGUAAGAGUCCUCUGACGUGGCAGGGUGGGAAACUAUUAUCCUGUAGUAUACUCAAAAGCUGCUGCUUUGUGAUGAGAGGUUUGCUGGCACACCACAGGUAGCUUGUGCAUUUCUGUCCAAGAGCAGAGUGGCCUGAGUCCUGGAGGUUAGGUUUAUGUCUUUCUCUUCCUCAGGGCUCAGCUCUUCCACACGUUGCGUGAGAACUAACAACAUGAAGGUUAAAAGCAAGGGCCUUGCUCUUCA